CCGCGCGUGGUAGGACUGGUAGGAGGCUGCCGCGAUUCAAUUUCAGUCGAAGCGCGUCAGGCCGAGCGAUCGCCAGGGCGGUCGAGAACGGAGUCGGGCGAGAGCUCUCUUUUCCGCGCCACGAUUUUCGAAUCCCCGACCGAGAGAGACGGAGAGAGAGAGAGGGAGAGACAGCCUGCAUGGGCUCGCAGGUGCGCGAACGUGGACUAUAACGUGUGGCUGCGCGGCGUCGCGUCGGCUCUUUUCACGCAUCUUCGUCCCCUCCCCUCCGCCGCGGCCGGUCCGCUCGCUACGAGGGAGGCUUGCGCGCGCGCGAGAGUGUGCGUCGUGUACCUCCGGCGGUUGUCCCAGCAUCCAGUCGGUUUUUACGUGGCGCGCGUGCCCGGUCCGUUUGGCGCGCCGCGACGGCUCGAUCCGAGCCUGUCGCCCGGGAUUGUGAUUGUCCGACCGGGGUUCGCGGCUUACGCGCCGUCGUCGCCGGCAGCCCGAGUGGCGCGAGUCGAAUUUGAAACCGGCGAAAAAUGCAAAUGGCGGCGGUAACCGAGCGGAACGUUCGGCGCACUGGGCCGGCUCGCGCGGGCCAGUGAAUCGGGGGUUCGUUCGACGUGACACCGGGAGCAUUUCGAGAUGGACGUUGGUGAGGACGUGAAAUCGUUCGCUCGAAUAAUCACGUGACUGUGACGAUACUACGACUACGACGACGCCGCCGCGCGUACGUGUGUGAACGGCAUGAGCGGCUGGUAGGCGAGGUAGGUACGAAGGCAGGAUCGACAAUGGAAUUCGGGAGCUACAAGGGCACCGGACCCCGCGUCAGGCUGCGUCGACGCGCGGAAUUGGGCAGACGGCUCACCAGGAGGCUGUCCAUCGUCGCCAAGAUGCCGGCCGCGAUUCUCAGCAGAGCGAAUCCGCCGGAGCCGAGGCCAGUCGAGAUCACGGCGAUUGCACCUGACAAGACGCAGCUCACCUUAUCAGCCUCAUCGCCUGGAACUAUUUCCCCCGUGGUCGCGCCGAUACUUUUGAAAUAUCGCGUAUGCAGACCUCGACUGCUGCUUGCUGGAUCGAGGGCCGAAGUUGAUCCCGCGGCCGACGUAGCCCUUCUGCACGGCGAAGUUCUGCUCAUCGAAGACUCCGCAAAGCAAUUCGACGCGAUUGGAGAUACAGAUCGCAGGUACAGGGCUACAGAGAAGUUGUUGCACGUGGAAGAAGAGUAUCACGAAGCGUUGUGCAGUGCCAAAGACUUGUACGCCCGCCCGUUGGCACGGAGUUACCCCGAGUUUCACGAUGUUAUCUUUCAACCCCUCGCAGAUCUGUCGCGAGUCAGCGCGGAGCAUUGCCAGAGGAUCCGCGGGGUACUCGAAAAUUGGGACAGCGGUGCGUUCAAGCCGAGAGAUUUAUUCCCCGGCCCGUUUUGGAACUCUUACUGGGAAUACUUGGACAAGUACAGCGAGGCUAGGAGGACACUGGACGAGCUGAGGGCGACCGAGGAUCCCCUACUACACUUUCUCAGUCUUAAGCAGGCGGCCGCGAGGCACUCGCCCUUGUCCUUACUUCUUCUACCGUCUGAAUCUCGGGUACCGCGCGACUCGGGUAUUGCAAGGCGUACAGGAAAGUAUGCACCGAGAGAGGAAGCGGGAGGGGAAGGACCGCCCGAGAAUAGUGAAAUGAAUCUCACGAGAGAAAGGUGGAAUUCCCCUCUCGUGAGGAUACGUCGUCUAAUUAAUCGUGCCGUCAUUAAGCCUGAUUACAUUAAUUCGUUUUGAGUCGCGAGUCUCUCGAGUGCCGAGAGUAUCGCGAAUCUCCCUUCCCCCGCGGGAGAAUUAAAUUGCGGUUGACGCGGAUCUCACGGGGCCGGAAAUCGAGCUCUCGUGAGACGAUCGUAGAAGCUAUCGCAGAGUUUCGUAUUCUCGCUUCUGGACACUUGACUCUUCAGUGAAAGUCUUAUCUCGCGCGCCGCUGACGCAACGGCGCGCGCACGAGAGAGAGAGAGAGAGAGAGAGAGCAUCGUAUUCGCUUUAACCUUUCAAGAUUCUCAUACGCGAGCUGUUCUCUUCCUCGCUCGCUUCACAAUACGCUUCCCGAUCAAUUUACAAUACAGUUUCUUUUUUUUUUGGCGAACGAAAGUACACGGAGAAAAAUAAUUUGCUGACACAGCAGAUUUUUUGCUAUUGUAGCAAAAUCUGUUCGUUAUUAUAUGGACAGCAAGAAGAUUUGUUACGAAUACUAAUCGCAAUUUGCUGGAUAUAAUUUGCUGGAUUAACAAAUUAUCCCGAGCAGACAUUUUAGUAGGGUUUUGUUGCUCCUUACAGUUUUUAAUAUGGGGUGGGGUAUCAAUAGGCUUCCUAUUAAAAAAUUCACUUUGUAACUAAUUGUUAAAUUGUGUGAAAUUGUGUUAAGAGGAUCCCCCAGCCUUUGAUGGUGUGCGCCAUCUAAACACGAAACGCAGCAUACAUGAGCACACGGACACACUACUACGAUACAUCACACCCAUACAUAAACGCGAAAAUUUCAUA